GACAAACCCCCACCCUCCUCACUCAUACAAUACAGAAGGGCUGGGUCUUCUUCACUUCCAGAUCUGCCUUCCUCUCCCUCUCUUCCCCUGAUUUCUUUCUGUUCGUUUGGCCAUUCUUCUUUCUCCUCAACAUUUUGGUUGAUUUUGCUUCUCGAAACGGUUGGAACAUUUUGCGAGGGGGUUGUCUUCCAGCUUGUAGAAAAUGGAGAAUUCGAUAGUUCAAGAGAUAUUGGAAAAGCAAGUGCUGACGGUGGCGAAGGCCGUGGAGGAUAAGAUAGAUGACGAAAUUGCAGCUAUAGAUCGUCUCGACCUCGAUGACUUGGAGGCUUUGAGGGAGCGGAGAUUGCAGCAGAUGAAGAAGAUGGCGGAGAAGCGUAGUCGAUGGAUCUCUCUUGGCCACGGCGAAUACUCUGAGAUUCCCGUCGAGAAGGACUUCUUCUCCAUUGUCAAGGCUAGUGAUCGCGUGGUCUGCCACUUUUACCGUGACAAUUGGCCCUGUAAGGUUAUGGACAAGCACUUGGGUAUUUUGGCAAAGCAGCAUAUUGAGACGCGUUUUGUCAAAAUUAAUGCCGAGAAAAGUCCAUUUCUGGCUGAGAAGUUGAAGAUUGUUGUUCUUCCAACCCUUGCUCUUAUCAAGAAUGCAAAAGUGGAUGAUUAUGUGGUGGGAUUUGAUGAGCUUGGUGGAACUGACGAGUUCAGCACAGAGGAACUGGAAGAGAGGUUGGCAAAAUGUCAAGUCAUCUUCUAUGAAGGUGAAUCGUCCAUAAAUGCUUCAAAAUCUAAUGCACAAACCAGGAGAAGUGUGCGGCAAAGCACAAGAUCAGACUCAUCAGAUUCGGAAUAAAUUAACAUUUCAGGUCUGCGAGGUUCUGUUCAUAUCUCACCCCUCGAAUGCAAAUUUUUACUUAAUGGGUAUCUCUUAAGUUCUUGCAGUAGCUGUUUUUUAGAAAGAUAAAGUUCUUGGCUAGAAAAACAUGAGAUCAUCUUGUGUACUUAAUGGGUAUCUCACCCCUUGAAUGCAAAUUUUUACUUAAUGGGUAUCUCUUAAGUUCUUGCA